AUUUCAUCGGCGCACCUCAUGAUAAGAGCUGUGGCCAGUCCUUGUGAAAAGCUGUGUGAAGGAUAGCACUGAAGCAUUCACUGAAAAGAUACCCCAAACUCUGUUUGCCAGGCCUGAAAUGCCACAAGUGAAUUGUCAAGGUGAUGUUUGCCAUCAUUUUAAAUGUUAUCCUUUGUGUCCCUUGUAUCCAAGCAGUGUGGGCCUGUGUGCGCUCCUGCCCCACCAACUGCAUGUGUACCCAGGAGCGGAGCUGCUCUGUCCUGUGCGAUCGUGCCGGCCUUGUUCAGAUCCCCAGUGAGUUCCCCUGUGAAGCAUCCUCUAUCAACCUGGAUAAAAACAGUAUUAAAUUGCUCUCAGAGAGAGCUUUCGGCACCCUGCCUUCCCUCAAAUCCCUGUCGCUCAACCACAAUAAUAUUUCUUUCAUCACUCCUGGAGCUUUCAAGGGGCUGCCCAGCUUGACUGAGCUUAAAAUGGCCCACAACGAAUACAUCCGCUACCUGCACACUCGGACGUUCACCCCUCUCAAAAGGCUCAUCAAACUGGACCUGGCUGACUGCAAUCUGUUCAACAUCCCGGAUAGGAUUUUUAUAGAGCUCCCAGCCCUGCAGGAGCUCUUCUGUUUUCAGAACAAUUUCAGAAGGAUCCCAGGGGCUAUAAGGGGCAUGGAGAAUUUGACCCACAUUUACUUAGAGAGAAACAGGAUAGAAGCUGUAGCCUAUAAUUCUCUACAGGGCUUGACCAGGCUGAAGUAUCUUAAUCUCCAGGACAACAGAAUAAAUGUUAUUCAUGACCGAGCCUUUCAGGAUUGCCAGAAAAUGGAAUACCUUUACCUGAAUGACAACUUACUUAGUGACUUCCCAGAAAACUCCUUCAGUGGGCUGAGGCAUCUGAAAAUGCUCAGUCUUGGUGGGAAUUUUCUCAGGAAUGUGUCCCACACCUGGUUCCAGGAUCUGGUUGAGCUGGAAAUUCUCCACUUGGACAGAAACAGGAUCAGCUACAUCGAAGAAGGAGCUUUUGAAAACCUAACCAGUCUCAUCUCGCUGCAUUUGAACAGCAAUGACCUGACCACCCUGCCUUUCUCUGUCUUCCAGCCAGUCUAUUUCCUGGGCAGGCUCUAUCUUUUCCGGAACCCUUGGGAGUGUGACUGCAGGCUUGAAUGGCUGAAAGAGUGGAUGGAGAACUACAGACUCGUCAGGGAUAUUCCUUGUGCCUCCCCAUCUUCAGUAGCUGGGAUUGACUUGAUGGAUGUACUUUUUGACAGAUCACCAGAAGGCUACUGUCUAGACCCAGUGGAGUUAAAUGUCACUUCCUACAGUCCCACCCCAACGGAGGAGCCUCACUCUACCACAGAAAGCAAGUUCAGCAGCCUUAUCUCUAAGCUUCUGCUCCAGGAAGGGCCUCCUGGGGAGGUGUCGAACACCACUGAAGUGUUCACCAACACCACCCAGUUGGAUGGAUUGGCUGAUGGGGUUUCCUCAGGGGUAGGAGGAUACCAUACUACAUCUAUCACCUAUUUUUUUCAGCUUCUGCCACUCACUGCAGCUCAAGCAGUGAUUGUUCUGCAGGCUAAAUAA